GAGAUCCAGAAACAUGUGCAAGUUUAGUUCGACCCGUAUGCCUGUACUAUGAAACUUAUAUUGACUGUGGUUUUUGGGGCAUUUCUGAUACGUCAGAGCUUAGCUGGAUUAUUGUGGGGGGCGAACAGUAUAGGCCAUGUUGUGGACUUUCCUCUACAAAAACAUGCGUUUUAUGAGUCACGCCAAACCUUGCCGAAGCAGAACGACCCACAGGAUAAUCUGAAAAGUGGAAUCACUGAGAAAAACCUUAAACUCGUACCUGGAAAGACUUUACUUCUUAAAUGCGUAGAAGUGAAAAAUGAAUUGAUAAUGUUUGUAUACGGCUCAGAAGGAUACUUCAUAGAUAGAUUGAACGUAGACAAAAGCAAAGAGUUUGGUUGCAAUCAAUUGUUGGAAAACAUUUUUGUACAGGACGAUCCGACUUGGAGUUUCACACCCGAACUUACUAAGUUUGAAUUCAACAUCAUCUACAGGUUUACUGUGGAGGGGAAAGGUCGGAAAUAUAGUUGUGUCACCAGAACAUACACGGUAGUCAUCGAUCUUCACUAUCCCGCAUUGGAGAGAGGGCCCGGAAAAAUGACGGAUUGCAAUGGGGCUGAGACUGGUGCUGAAAAUUCUGAAAGGGCAUACUUAUUACCACGGGGAGAUGGCGAAAUCAUGGAAUUUCACGUACAUGGUGAUCCUAUUGAAAGACCUGUCAUCAACACUUUCAAAACUGGCCUCAAACUCAUUUGCCAACAAUACAACACGAUCCCGGCUGGAGAUAAAAUAUCAGUAGGAUUUAUAAUGUAUGAAGAAAUAAUCUUGGAAAGGUUACCUCUCGACUCAUGUAAACAUGGAGUUGAAGGAAUGUACAUCAACAUAAAGAAAGUAGAGAAAUACCCUGAUGCAGACAAAGAAUUUACACUGGUGUUCCAACAAAAAAAUGGAUACUGUUAUAAAAUGGACAUUUGGCUUCAGUUUGUGGACUUUAAUGAAAAAGAUGAGGUUAAUAUUCGUCGGUACGCUCCUGGUGAAGUCAGUUGUCCAAGUGAUUGGACUAGUGACGCUGCAAUGAACGUCCAAGCGCCUUGGUACAAAAGACUUACUGGGAUUUUCGGAUAGACUUAUCAAUGAAAAAGAUUAAUCAACCAAAUAAAAACAUGUUGACAUAAUAUUGGCUUAUUUACAACCCUAGCGUAGUUGGGUAAAGUUCCGAAGAGAGUCUACAAUAUUUUUGAUGAAAUAUAAGUUCGAUAUUUUAUCGACUCAGGUGUACUUUUCGUGAGUCAUAAAUAUCGAAUGUAUGAUUUUCAUGACUUUUCACACACUACGCAGCUGUGGUUAGGUUAGGUUAGUUAUGCUGCGGUCUACUUAGUUUAGGUUAUGGUAAGAACAAACAAGAUAACAUAAAAACACAUUUAGCAAAUUGUCAAAGGGAUAAAUUUACAAAGACGUCAAUUCGUAUUUUAAUUUUCUUUUUUCAUAAGUUCAUAAACUAAACAGAACUCCUCACCGCGUCCAAACAGCGCAGCCUAGUGCUGGACGUGGUAAAUUCCUAGUUUACGGAAAUCUGGGAUUUUUAAGUAAUAUUGUCAUGAGGUUGUCCAGAAUCACAUAUAGAUCACCACUGUAAUGUUUUUCCGUCUCUCUUAAAGGAAAAUAUGUCUCUUUUACUUUUCAUUUUAAUAUAAUUCAAGUUUACAUUUGACAUGUUUGACGGAUGGAACUGUUUACAUUUGCGAUGUUUGAUGGAUAGAACUAUACGAAGUGCACUCUAGUGGAUAUGGAUGCAACCAACCAGAAUAGUCAAGACCGUACAAAUUAUUAAUUACCUCCCUCUUUUUGGCUCAACAUAUUUACCUGAACAUAUUAAGUUUACAAUAUAUAUUAUUCUGGCAUCAACAAAUUAUAAAUUAUGCAUUUACAUAUCUUAUUUAUCUUUUUCAACAAAUAUUACUUACAUAUUACUAAAAGGCUCAAACUAAAACACCUCCUAGUUGACGAAACAGCGGCUCAGUGUCCUGACUCAUUUAGAACGACGCCAGAGAAGUGACUGGGCCGCUUAGAAAUUCGUUCAUGUAGAGUCUUGAUAUUAUACGAAUAAUACCGUAAAUGAAGAUGGGGUAGACCAUAGUAUUCUGAGCAAUGUAGUCAAGUGUGAGAGAUUU